AGCUCAGAAGAAGAAGAAGAGGAGGAUGAAGAGGAAGAGGAGGAAGCAGAGGGCUAUGGGACGGAUGGGACUGACAGGCUGUCGUCGCCUGCCCUGGAUGAGAGUGGCCUGGGCCUUCUAGCAAGGUUUGCUGCCAGUGCAAUGCCCAGCCCCAUCGUUCCCCCUCCACUGUCCAUCAUCCAGCUGGAGGCCAAGCAGAAGGCAAAGAAGAAGGAGGAACGGCAGAGCCUGAUGGGGACAGAGUUUGAAUACACAGACUCGGAGAGUGAAAUCAAGAUCAGGAAGAAGUCACCCUCGGGGCUGCUGCGGGGAAAGAAGGGGCUGCUGGAGGGAAGCAGCAUCCCACCAAGCCAGGCACCCAGCAGCCUGGACUCCGGAUCUGGGAGUGCUGACAAGGCCAAGCUUGGGUCUGAGAAAGGCCGCAAGCUGAAGAAAUUCAAGUCCCCCAAGGACCUGAGCUUUGAGUUUGGGCUGGAGGCCAGUGAUGACGACCUGUGGAACCGGCGCCGGAGCGAGCGGAUCUUCCUCCAUGAUGCCACCAUGUCCUCGGCCAUGCUGAGCCCCACGACACCUGCCAGCUCCACUCCUGUCUCCAAGCCUGGCCGCUGUGGCAAGGGGGCACCCAUGAGCCCCAAAAAGGAGGGCAGCAAGGGGAAGGAGAGGAAGGAACUAAGCAAGCGGAAGAAGGGUAAAGAAACACCCUGCUGCUCCUCCUCCUCAUCCAUGUCUCCUCCUGGCAUCCCAAGCUCCCCAUCUGAUGUUCGUGUCAGCCUAGCAAAUGCCAUGGGCUCCACCAAGAAGAGCAAAGCCAAAGUGAAAGCCAAGGAAGUGAAAAAAGAGAACCGAGGGAAAGGAGGAGCUGUCAGCAAACUCAUGGAGAGCAUGGCAGCAGAGGAGGAUUUUGAACCCAACCAAGAUAGCAGCUUCUCAGAGGAUGAGAACAUCCCUCUGAGCAUGCUGGUCGAGAGGCCACCCACACCAGCUCCCCGCUCCUGCAUCAUUGACAAGGAUGAGCUGAAGGAUGGGCUGCGUGUCCUCAUCCCCAUGGAUGACAAGCUGCUCUAUGCAGGCCAUGUCAAGACGGUGCACUCACCUGACAUAUACCGUGUGGUGGUGGAAGGUGAGAGGGGAAAUCGUCCCCACAUUUACUGCCUGGAGCAGCUCUUGCAGGAGGCGAUCAUCGAUGUGAAACCACCUUCCGUGCGGUUCCUGCCCGAGGGCACCAGGAUUGCAGCCUACUGGAGCCAGCAGUACCGCUGCCUCUACCCAGGGACAGUUGUCCGAGGAGCCCUGGAUCUGGAGGAAGAUGGUGAUCUCAUCACAGUAGAGUUUGAUGAUGGGGACACAGGACGGAUCCCGCUGUCUCACAUCCGGCUUCUCCCACCUGACUACAAGAUCCAGUGUGCUGAGCCUUCCCCGGCCCUUUUGGUGCCCAGCACCAAGCGCCGUAGCCGUAAAUCCAGCAAAGACACUGGAGAAGGAAAAGAGGGAGCUACACUGGGGUCAGAAGAGCCUGUCUCAAAGGGCAAAGGCCGAGGGAGAAAGCCAAGUGUCAAGGCAAAAGCUGAAGAGGCUGCCUUGCCUGAAGAGAAGGACCAGGUUGAGUCUUCACCAGUUCCCUCUGCAGUCCCAGAGAAGCCAGCCUGCCUGGCCAAGCCAAGCAUGAAGGGGUCGCGGAAAUCGCAACCGCUGGCGACAGGAGCCUCCCCUGCCCCCCCAGAGGAAAAGCGGUCAAAAGCCAGCAAAAUGAAGAUCCCCACUAAGCUGCACAGCCCCCCACAACCCACGUACCAGCCUGCUGUGUUCAGCAGCAUCCUGGGCUCGGAACCCUAUGGUGACCUCCCAGGGACUCUGGCGGCCUUUGGCUCUGGAGAUGCUUCAGUGUCGAAAGCCAAGGCCAAGAAAGGACGGCCCGCAGAAGAGACGCAGGAGUUUGGCACCAUGGUCAAGGCUCAGAGGAAGCAUGAUAAUGAAAUCCUGAUCAAGCUGGACCAUGAGGGUGUGAUGUCUCCAAAGACAAAGAAGAUGAAGGAGGCGAUGAGGAUGUUGGAGGACUCAAACCUGGCCAGUCGCAGAGACAGCAAGGGUCUCUUGGGGCUGGGCUAUUCCACUGCUGUGGGUGUGGAGGGCAAGCAGAAAUCUUCCCGAGCCAAAGCAGCUGAAGGAGACCCUUCCUCUGCUAGCUUUGGAGGAAAGUUUGAUGGCUCAGCAGAGAGUCUCAGUGCUUCAAAGGACCAGGAAGAAAAGGCAGCAGUUCCGGCAGCUGUGGAGGAGUCUGAGAGCAACAGCAGUGACAGCAGCUCAGAGUCAGAAGGAGAAGAGGAGGCUGAGAAGAACCAAGGAGAAGCCCAGGACAGCAGCUCAGCCAGCUCAAGAGCAUCCACCCCUCUCUCUUCCUCCAACUCCUCCUCCUCCUCUUCAUCCUCUAGCAGCAGCUCCUCUUCAUCCUCCUCUUCCUCCUCGUCCUCAGCCUCAUCAACCUCUUCUUCAUCAAGCUCCAGCUCGUCUUCCUCUUCCACUACAGAUGAAGAUUCCUCCUGUAGCUCUGAUGAUGAAGUAGCUGAGGCCCAGCCAAGUUCCUCGGUGCAGCAAACCCUCCCACCCAAGCAAACCAAGCAGGCAGGGAAGUCUCGUGCUUCCUCCCACCCCCAGAGCCAGAAGCAGCUGGUGCAGCAGCCGGUGCAGCCGCCGGCACCGCAGCAGAGCAGCAACAAGAGCAGGCCCAAAAAACGUGAGGGCAUCCACCUGCCCACCACCAAGGAGCUGGCCAAGCGCCAGCGCCUGCCCUCGGUGGAGAACAGGCCCAAGAUCGCUGCUUUCCUCCCCGCACGGCAGCUGUGGAAGUGGUUUGGGAAACCCACACAGAGACGAGGAAUGAAAGGGAAGGCCAGGAAGCUUUUCUACAAGGCCAUUGUCCGGGGCAAGGAGAUAAUCCGCAUCGGGGACUGCGCGGUGUUCCUCUCCGCCGGCCGCCCCAACCUGCCCUACAUCGGCCGCAUCCAGAGCAUGUGGGAGUCGUGGGGGAACAAUAUGGUGGUCCGAGUCAAGUGGUUUUAUCACCCAGAAGAAACUAACCCUGGGAAGAAACUCAAUGAAGGCAAGCGCUGGGAUCAGAAGUCGGGCAGGAGUCUGUCCACAGCUUUGCAGGCAUCCAACCAGAGGAAGGACUUUAUGGAGCGAGCCCUCUACCAGUCAUCUCACGUGGAUGAAAAUGAUGUCCAGACCAUCUCACACAAGUGUCUUGUUGUUGGUCUGGAUCAGUAUGAGCAGAUGCUAAAGACAAAGAAAUACCAAGACAGUGAGGACCUCUACUACCUUGCAGGGACCUAUGAGCCCACUACGGGCAUGAUCUUCAACACCGACGGGGUCCCUGUCAUCUGCUGACCUCCCAGGGGACAUGUGCCACCCCCGGGAAGGGACAGGACAAACCUGAGGACGUGCCUGUUCAGACGACAUGAUUGUUUCUUUCAGUGCUCAUGACUUCUGUGUCACACUACAGCUAGGAGAGCGUGAGAGACACGAGGAGGAAGGAGAGGGCUGAAGAAAGGGGUUGGGGGAAGCAGCUACAGGACUUGAGGAAGAUGCCGUUGGGUGGUGGUGGUGCUUGAACCACAAGGCUCUUCUGGAAGUGGCUUUAAGUAAGGUGACACUUGACCAACUUCUCCCUUCCUCCUUUUGGUCCAGGAAAGCACAUGGGUCUCGUGAUCAUUUCACCAGCGGGACCCCCCCGGCAGGAGGGAUCCCUUUUGUGUCAUUUGCCCCCGUCAGUACCACGGAAGCCUCCCGCAUGUGGAAGGACACCUGCUGGCCUUCUGCGGGAGCUCCUCUCCGUCCUUAUGUUCCCUUUCCUGCUUGGUUUUGCAUGACCCUUUAGGAAGGACAGGGUGAAACUGAGAGGAGAUGAGUCUCUCUCAGCGUCUCGUCUCGAUCCUCUCAGCGCCUUUUUGCUGUUGCCUUUCCCUGGAGGCUCCUGGCUGGCAGUGUGGGGCAUGGAGGGGCAGAGCUGGCCCCAGCACAGAGAUGGCAGAAGAG